AUGCCGCCGUCGCAGAAUUUGGCUAAUGUGAGGCCAAAUGCAGGUCAUGAGCGGGAAACCGUUUUGAUCUACUGUUUCCGAUGUGGCCACGAAGAGGCAGUCCAUCAAAUUGAGCAGAAUCUGAGCUAUUAUGACGUUGUGAAGAGGGUCAGAGUUGAAGUUGCGAUCAAUGACCGGGAUUGCGAAGAUUGCCAAUCGCAGUCGCAGGUGCAGACACUGAACCAGAUCGGCGAAGAGCAGACGCCGCCGCCGCCGCCGCAGCCGCAGCAGCAGCAGCAGCAGCAGCAGCAGCAGCAGCAGCAGCAGCCUGACUACGACCCCGAGCUUUUGAUUCAGUCAAUGAAUGAAGCGAACGAAGGGACCGAAGCGAACGAACCUAGACAAAACACCAAUGCACUUGGAUUUCCGGAACUAGAGAACCUCGCACACGAAGACUGGCUCGCAAGCGAAACUGCUGAAUCCCUGCAAACAUUCAACGAUCAAAUGAACGCGCUCGAGGAAGAUGGAGAGCAUAACGAUCAAGAUCAACAUCCAGACUAUGAAGACCCUGCAAGUUAUGAGAUCAUGGAGGGCAUGGAGCUGGACGAAACUCUCUUUGACCCAGAACACAUGGAUGUCUUUGGAGGAGAUGAGCACGGAACGUUCGAUGCAGAAGCAGGUGAUGAGUUCAUUAGGAGAGGGUAUGAAAAUGAGGUCAGCGACUGGGUAGAUUAUGAUGCCUGGACUGGAUAUGCCGCAGAGGACAGCCACCGUUUUUGA